CGAGCUGAGCCACGUCUGAGCCAGGUCCGAGCGGUGCCGAGCCCGGAGGCAGGGCCGGGCGGCAGCGUGUGACCGGCUGGCGAGGGGCCGCCCGCGCCCACCCUUGCGCACGCGGGGGCUGCGGGGGCCGGGCCCGCGGGUGGGACUAUGCAAACGAGAGCCCCUUCUUAUCCCCCCGGCGCCGGCGCCUUCGUCUCUCUGCCCACGGUGCCCGAGCCGGCGAGGCCACCGACGAAGCCGGAGCAUGCGGGUGCAGGGGGCCGUCGCGCUGCUGGGGGCCCUGCUGGCCCUGGCCGCCGCUCAGCGCCGAGCCGUCGGCCGGAGCCGGACGUGGAGCCGGGCGCCGUUCCGGAGCUGGGACGCGGGGCGGUACCCGCCCUGGCAGGAGGGGACCCCGCGGCAGAGCGGCUGCUGGCGAGGCGGCGACGUGGCCCUGGACGUCAGCAGCGACGCGCCCACCAUGGCGGGCGCCAAAGCCACCUUCUCCAUCGCCCUCCGCUUCCCCCGCGGGCAGGCGGUGCUGCCCGACGGCCGCGUCGUCUGGAGCCGCAACGGCACCGUCAACGGCACCCGCGUGGCCGGCGGCGAGCCCGUCUUCCCGGAGCUGCCGGCGGAGGCCUCGGACGGCGUCUUCCCCGACGGACGGCCCUUUCCCCGCGGCGCCUGGGGCCAGCGCGGGAGAUUCGUCUACGUGUGGUGGACGUGGGGGCGCUACUGGCAGGUGGUGGACGGCCCGGCGUCGCGGCUGACGGUGGCCACGGCCGGCGUGCCGCUGGGCUCCUACGCCAUGGACGUGGUGGUGUACCACUACCGCGGCCGACAGAAGUUCAUCCCCAUCGGCCGCGCCAGCACCCAGUUCAGCAUCACGGACCAGGUGCCCCUCGCCGUGGACGUGGCGCAGGUGCAGGCGGCGGCCGGCGGCACCGGGCGCUUCGUGCGCAACCGCGCCGUGGCCUUCGCCGUGCGGCUGCACGACCCCAGCGGCUUCCUGCGCGACGCCGACGUCUCCUACUCCUGGGACUUCGGGGACCGCAGCGGCACCCUCAUCUCCCGCAGCGCCACCGUCACCCACACCUACCUGGAGGCCGGCUCCUUCGCCGCGCGCCUGGUGCUGCAGGCCGCCAUCCCCCUGGGCCCCUGCGGCAGCUCGGCGCCGCCCCUCGUGGACCCCACCACGGGGCCGCCGCCGCCGCCCACCGCCACGCCGCCCCCCGCCUCCAGCGCCGGCCCCGCGCCCAGCACCGCCGCGGCACCCAGCGCCGCACCCACCGCCUCGGCGCAGCCCUCGGCCACCGCCGCCACGCAGCCCGGCACCCCCGCGGCCGGUGGAGGAACCGGCACGGACCCCGCUGCCGUCCCCGCCGCAACGUCUGCGGACCCCCUGCUCCCGGCCGGCGACGCGGCCGACACCUCGUCCCCCGCGGCGGCAGCCCCGGCUGCAGAUGCUGUGACAGCUGGAGCCACAGCUGGAGCCACCGUUGCGCCCCUAUUGGGUGACGCAGCUGGAGCCACUGCUGCAUUCCCAGCGGGUGCCACCGCUGGAGCCACAGCUGGAGCCACCACUGUGCCCCUGCUGGGUGCCACAGCUGGAGCCACUGCUGCCCCCCCAGCGGGUGCCACAGCUGGAGCCACAGCUGGAGCCACAGCUGGAGCCACCCUUGUGCCCCUGUCAGGUGCCACAGCUGGAGCCACUGUUGCGCCCCUAUUGGGAGCCACAGCUGGAGCCACAGCUGGAGCCGCAGCGUCCACCGCCGCCCCCGAAGGCGCCGCGGAGCCGCUGGUGCUGGUGAAGCGGCAGGCACCGGGUGCCGAGCCGACGGGCUGCGUCCUGUACCGCUACGGCACCUUCUCCACCCAGCUCGACAUCGUCGAGGGGAUCGAGAACGUCGCCAUCGUCGCCUCCGUGGUCCCCGAGGGCAGCGAGAACAGCGUGGAGCUCACGGUGACGUGCGAGGGGAGCCUGCCCGAGGAGGUCUGCACCGUCGUCUCGGACCCCGAGUGCCGCAGUGUGCAGCAGCAGACGUGCAGCGCCGUGGAGCCGGCGCCCGGCUGCCAGCUCGUCCUGCGCCAGGACUUCAACCGCUCCGGCCUCUACUGCCUCAACGUGUCCCUGGCCGCCGGCAGCAGCCUGGCCGUGGCCACCACCCGCGUCGCCGUCGGAGGUGCCGCGCCGGCCGCCGGCAGGACCGCGCUCGCCGUGGGGCUGGUGUUCGUCGCCGCCGCCCUGGCCGCCGUCGCCUACGCGUACAGGCGCACGAAGCCCGGCCUGGUGCCCCCCCCCGCGCCCCGGCGGCCCCCCGGGCCGGCCCUGCGGCGGCUGCUGCGGCGGGUCCUCGGCGGGGCGCCCAGCGGCGAGAGCAGCCCCCUGCUCCGGCCCGGCGCCGCGUAGCGCCCGGCCGCCCCGGGGGGGCCCAGCGCCCCCCGCCCUGCGGCUGCCCUCAUUAAAGGCUGAGCUCAC